UUGAUGACAAAGCCCACAGCAGGCCCAAACCUGAAAAGCAAUUCAAAUAUAAUUAGUUCUGUACCGUAUGAUCAGCACCACUAUUGUGACAGUUAAAAAACUGUUUUUCUCCCGCGAAAAGUUUUUUGAGGUAUUUGUUUAUUAGUGUGAAGAACUGGAAAGGCAAGUGAAGGUCCCGGGGCUGGAAAAAAAUGGGAAUUUUCUCUCUCUCACGGACUUAAACUUUUUCUUAUUCUCUCCCUUUUCAUCUUUUCACUUUAACCGAUUAAGAUUUGUGAGUGCUCCUCACCAGAGAAGCGUGCUCAUCUUCAAACACAUGAUCAAGAAUGGUGAAGGAAACUGAAUAUUAUGAUGUUCUUGGUGUGAGUCCAUCAGCUUCGGAGGAGGAGAUUCGCAAGGCUUAUUAUCUUAAGGCAAGGCAAGUCCAUCCAGAUAAAAAUCCUAACGAUCCUCAGGCUGCUGAAAGAUUUCAGGUACUUAGUGAAGCUUAUCAAGUUUUAAGCGAUCUAAUACAAAGAGAUGCAUACGACAAAAAUGGAAAGUACAACAUAUCUAGAGAAACCAUGCUUGAUCCCACUGCUGUCUUUGCUCUUCUCUUUGGAAGCGAAUUGUUCGAGGAUUACAUUGGACAUUUGGCUGUGGCAUCUAUGGCUUCUUCAGAGUUAGCUGUGGAAAGUGACAAUCCUGAAAAAAUAAAUGAAAAAUGGAAGGGUGUCCAGAGGGAAAGAGAAGAAAAGCUAGCAAGAUUGCUCAAAGAUUUUCUUAAUCAAUAUGUUCAAGGGGACAAAGAUGGAUUCUUACAGCGUGCUGAAUCAGAGGCUAAACGGCUGGCUGAUGCCGCUUUUGGACAGGAUAUAUUGCACACAAUUGGCUACAUCUAUUCAAGACAGGCAGCUCAAGAUCUUGGAAAAAAGGCCAUUUACCUCGGUGUUCCAUUUAUUGCCGAGUGGGUUCGCAAUAAGGGACAUUUCUGGAAGUCACAGAUAAUAGCUGCUAAAGGUAUCAUAUUACCACCUUUCGAAAUUCAAUAUUUACUUUGUUCACUUGAUCAUGUUGAGACAAUAAGUCCAGGUGCCUUCCAAUUUAUGCAACUUCAAGAAGACAUCAGCAAGCAAUUCAAAAUGGAUGGCACUGGCCCUGAAAAUGAUCUCGAAUCACAUAUCCGCUUAAACAAAGAGACAUUGAUGAGCUCAUUGUGGAAGUUGAAUGUAGUUGAUAUUGAAGUAACCCUUCUACAUGUGUGCCAAAUGGUGCUAAAAGAAAACAAUGUUCAGAAAGAGGAACUCCGAGCUCGAGCUCUUGCUUUAAAAAUUCUAGGGAAGAAAUUUCAGGAAAAGCAAAUGGAGAAUGCUGGAACAUCAAAGAAGAAAAAUGUUGCUGAUACAGAUGAUGAUGGAAAUAGUUCUGACAGCUGUAGCGAAGAAGAAUCACCAAGAGCUCUUUCCUAUCGAACUCCUCUGCUCACUCAGGGCAUUGGAAGACUCUUUAGAUGCCUCUGCAACCCGGCAUUUGAUGUGGAUGAUGAUGAAAUCGUGUAUAGAAGAAAAUGAUGUCGAGUUGAAGAUUUUGAUCAGAGCAGAUUAUGCCACUAAGGAAUGAAUUAUGUUGCAUGAUAGUGUAAUCAUAACAGAACGCUACACCGGUGCUGUAUUAAUUGAUAAGCUUUUAUUUGGAAUUGAGUUCGUUGUAGAAACAAGUAUUCAAUAAUAAAUUAUAUUUUUUACCUCAAUGUGGAAGU